CCCCGUUAACGACCAGCAUGGGUCCCUCUAGGAACACACGCCAGCGAUCUGACAAGGCGACCGAGCCAACACGCCAAUCCGCCCGCAAUCGGCAGCCCGCCGAACGUCGCGCUGCGGCCGACGACGCCGCUCAACGCGAUGCGGCCGACCGUGCUCGUGAGCAGCGGCGCAAGGAGAAGCGCAAGGAGCAGCGUGACGAGGCUGAGCAGCGGGCGCUCGUGGUCGAGCAGGAUGAUGAGUCGGAGAAAGUCCGCCACUUGGAAGAGGAGCUUGCGCGCAUGCGCAUUGAGCGCGAUGCCGCUGUCCACGCCGCGGAACAGCAGAGUACCGCCUCCAAAGUUACCACUAACGAUCCUGCGCCCGAUUCCAUCCCACGCCCGAAGAACAUGAACAAGGUCAAGAUCUCGGAUGUGCGUGAGAAGCUCGACCUGGCGGGGGAUGAGAACAAGCCUGAGUGGCUCGAUCUUCGUCAAGUCAUCCGUGAUAUGACUACGGCCGGGUUCAUUGACUGGACACUGAAUUGGCGCUCUCAGAAGAGCAAGAAGCUGGGCAAGAUCUAUGAUGCGGUCGAGGAGAAUGUUCCGGCGCUGCGUCGCUUCCACAAUCAGUGGGGCACGGAGUUGCUAGUGAAGGAGUUCUUCCAGACCCACAAGACGUACAAGUCGUGCAUCAAGAACCCGAAGUCGUAUCGGGCGAAGGUGGCUCGCGCUCGCGCUCAACGUCAUCUGGCCCAGCGGCGGGCCAAUGCUCAAGAUGUGUUGCGUGCGCCAUCGCCGCCGGACGAUCCUUUCCCUCGCGCAGAGGGUCCUGCAAGCAUGGACAUCGAUGAGGAUGAUCGCAUGGAAGGUUCGAGUGGCCUGUCGUAUGAGGAGAAGAACGGGUCUGAUUCCGAGCUCUCUGAUAUCGACGACGACGACGAGACUGCUGAUUAAAGUGACCCGGGGCCAAAGUGCCCAAAGUACAGAAUAAAUGUAUUGUUAUUUGUAUAUAUAAUUGUAUUAUUGCUUGUAUCUUCCAGCGCUUCAGAGUGAACUUUCGCGAGAAAAGAGGAUGAAUAAUCUCAAUAAGUACGACGAAACCCUCUUUAUACCUAUGCAGGCCAUUGCUGGCACCCGACGCAUACGGUCCAUUUCUCAGAAAAGUAUGGUGAAUUCAGUACGAGACAUCGGACAUGCGCUACGUGAAAUUCGCGUGUUGAAAGUCUCUGCUUGACAGAGACAUGUCUCUCGCGUGGUGAUGGACUGUCACUGAUA